AUGGACAUCAACCAUAUCACCAAUCCGACGGUGACCAAGCAGGUGUACAAGGGCCACGGGGCCCCCGGGGCGGAGGAGGUGGUGGAGAUCACGUACCCGGCGACAGAGGUAGUGGGGCACGGGUCGUUCGGCGUCGUGUUCACGACGGUGAUCGAGCAGACGGGAGAGAAGGUGGCGAUCAAGAAGGUGCUGCAGGACCGGCGAUUCAAGAACCGGGAGCUCGAGAUCAUGAAGCUGCUGCAACACCCGAACGUGGUGGAUCUGCGGUACCACUUCUACGAGAGCGAGCCGCAGACGAACGAGGUAUACCUCAACCUGAUUCUGGAGUACAUGCCGCAGUCGCUGUACCAGCGAUUGCGGCACUUCGUGACGGGGCGGCUCCUGAUGCCGCGCGACGAAAUCAAGGUGUACAUGUUUCAGCUGUUCAAGUCGCUGAACUACCUGCACCGCGUGGCGCGCGUGUGCCACCGGGACAUCAAGCCGCAGAACCUGCUGGUUGACGCGGGCACGCUGCAGCUGAAGCUGUGCGACUUCGGGUCUGCGAAGCAGCUGCGGCCGACGGAGCCCAACGUGUCGUACAUAUGCUCGCGGUACUACCGCGCGCCGGAGCUGAUCUUCGGCGCGACGAACUACACGACGCAGAUCGACAUAUGGUCCACCGGCUGCGUGAUGGCCGAGCUGUUGCUUGGACAGCCCAUGUUCCCGGGCGAGUCGGGCAUCGACCAGCUAGUGGAAAUCAUCAAGAUCCUGGGCACCCCGACGCGGCAAGAGAUAUGCGCCAUGAACGAAAACUACUCCGACCACAAGUUCCCCCAGAUCAAGCCCAUUCCGUUGAGCAAGGUGUUCAAGCGUGAGGACGCACACACGGUGCAGCUCCUCAGUGACGUGCUGCAGUACGACCCCACGAGGCGCUUCAACGCGCUCAUGGCGAUGUGCAGCUCCUACUUCGAUGAGAUCACCGGCCACAACACCGAGCCUGAGACCGUUGCCCCGGGCGCGUCGAUCUCAGAGCUGUGGCAGGGCGUAGUGCACAGUCUACAGCUGCUGCACUUCAAACCCGAGGAGUUUAACGACCUGAAUGACUUGGAACGAUCCCUAAUCCAAAACAAAUUGAUUGCUAAGCAACCUCCGAAUGUACCCUAG